AUGUUCACUGAUUUACGAUAUUUAAAUUUUGGUCCAUCUUCAAUUUGGUGUCAACAAUUAUCAUUUGAUACUCAACUUUCAAGAAUGACCUCUUCAACUGUGUUAAAAUUACAUGUAUGUUUAUCAGACUUUGUCGAUUGUAUUUAUUUACUUGAUGGAUGUUUCAAUCAACUUCGUACACUUCAUGUUAAUAUUACUUACAUUAUGUCUUCAAAUUCAACAAUUAAUAAUAAGGUUGAUUAUUUUCAAUUAUUAUCUAAUUUAUUCAAUAAAAUUAAUAAUACUAUUUUUGUUUUUGAGGAAAAACUACCUAAUCUAAGAUUCUUUUCGCUGUGUAGUAAUUGAAAUACAGAUUAUUACGAGGAAUUAUUUGUACCACUUCUAAAUCGAAUGUUAAAUUUGCAAGAACUAAGUUUAUUUCUUUAAGUUAGAGGCAGAGAAAAAUUUGUUGAUGAUAAAGAUUUAAAGAGAAAUAUCAUCGAUCAUACAGCACGAUUAAAUAAAUUUAAAUUUACUAUUUGCUCAACUAGUCAACUUGAUAAUGAACUUGAUUUUCCAUCAAAUGAAAAUAUUCAAAAGACAUUCGGAGCAGAGAUGGGCAAGUCAGGUUUUUUUGUACCCAAGCCAAGUCAAGUUAAGUCAUUCGUAAAAAUUGAACUUAUGAAGUCAAGUCAUGAGUUUCGAAGCAGACAUUUUAAAGUUAAACCAAGUCAAGUCUUAUCUCAAGUGUGGGUGUGAGAUAAAAGAAUAUCUACACUCACACACCCACGCAAGCACCAUCUCCGUCCUUGCUUAUAUCGUUUUGCGUAUUUCUCUUUUAAUAUUUCGAUUCAAAAAGUGCAAAUCUAUCAUAUAGUAAAACAUGAACCUUGGAUUCAACCAUUUUGAAAUUAAAAAGCAUGUUGCCUGCACAACCGCUGCCCAAAGAGCUGCGACCCGUAAUUUUUUUGUGUAACUGGUAAAGACUAUCGUUUUUUUUUCUUCGCUUGAAAUAGAAACACAGUGAAGAGAAAAUAGUAUGAGAUGUAUCUCACUUUUAAAUAUCUCUUGAGUCCCUCGAGUUCCCACAUUUUUCUUGAAUUGCAAAUUUGUGGAUCGGGGGUGUCUCUCUUUUAGGAUGGAUCUGUGAGCGUGCAGGUGUGUAAAUGUGUGCGUGUGUCGAUACGUGGAUGAUUAUCGGUACAGAUUUAGUGAAGAGCAGUAAGUAGCCAUUAUCUUCACGCAGCCACACUGACAUCUUGAUGUUAUGAACACGAUUUUUUUGCUUUAAAAAGCUGUUUCCGUGAGUAAGAAAAUGCUCAAGUAUAAUCCAUAAACUUACUAAACCAUGUGAAACAUGAUAUGAACAGUUCAUAAGCGCACGGAAAGAUCAUCUUAGCAACUUACUCUCGGAUUCUGCACUAUUAAAGUGAAUCUCAAUCCUUCUGAAAUCAUCAAAGCGCUAAAAUUCAUUUGGUACAUCUAUAAUUGUGAGUGCAGCAAGGAGAAAUGUAUUGAAAUUUCUCUAUGCACAGCUCAUUAGUUUCUUAGAGUGAUACUUCAAGAAAUUCCCUCCUCAUCCGACAGGGCUCCCAAGAAGGAGCAAACUAAAUGACGCACAGACGAGUUUUCGACUUGAGCUGCGAGCGUUUUGAAUCGAUGGACGCAUGACUGAGACAGGGAAAAGACGAACAAGUGUAAA